ACCACUGGGUGGCCAUAUUCUUGAAUCUCCGGAGGCAAACUGCUGAAUCUUAAGCAGUUGAGUCAAUAUCCCAGUCACCCACAGGGAAAGGCAGUUGCGACCAGAUCACUGUCCAGGGCUACUCGAGUAUUCAGCCUAGCCUGAAGCUGUUUGACCGAAUCGAGCCCCAGAUAUCCCACACAUAAGGAAAGGAUGAGCCACCGAGAAUUUCGUGUCCUCCUACAGCCAUGGUCGGUGUGUUCGGAGGCUUAUAUAUACGAAGGAAGGGUGUAGUUCGACCCUGCCAGGAAGGAUCGGUGGGGCAUGAGCUUAACUUCCUGAGCUUGAGACAGAGCAGGAAAAGGAAGAAUUUGUCGAGUGCAAGAUUCUCCGGAAGGAGGGACCCUCUUUAUGUGCUUUUGGAAACUGUCUGUGCCGUUUUGUUAUCUACAGUCGUACAAGUGCAACUUGGGCUUUGCCACAUUACAGAAAGUUAUGAUCGGAUUACAUAUAUCCGAUACUGCAAUUGGAUCAAGGGUGUAGAUUGGAGAGCAAAGUUGGCUUUCAGAUUGAGAACAUUAAACCGAAGAGAUGACCAGUUAUCGUUUAUUGUUCUAUGUUCAUACCCUACUUUGAGAACGUCCAAUUUUGCAGGCAACGGAGAGCUUCUAACAUCUAAGACGGUGGACGUGUCGCUAGCCCUGCAGUAGUUCAAAACUUGAGCUCUGGACAGUCUGAAAGUUGAUUCAGAAUGUCAAGGAAAGGGGCAGCCACAAAGAGGCCAGCAAUCUACUUGCAAAGCCCUUCAAGUUCCUAUUUGGGAGAUUUGGAUACCAGAAAUGAGCUCGACGUUGAUGCUAUUCAUCUAGCUUCCACA